AUUCUGAGAGCUCCCUAGUCUGAGACAAAGCAGAGACCGAGAGAGAGAGAGACGACGGGCCCUUGACAUCGAUCACACCCACCAAACCGCACCGUUUCACCUCAGAAUGGGGAACAGAAGGUUCGCGCAGGUCUCGACCAGCGACGACGAAGACGACGUCGCACCGCAAAACCAGCAGUUGGAGGAGGAGAACGGGUCGUCGAAGAAGAGGAAGCAUAUGAAGCUUCGAGAGGGAGAAGAAGAAGAGUCAGAAGAGGAAGAGAAGCACAAGAGUAAGAAGAGGAAGGGAAAGAAAGGGAAAAAUGUUAGGGACGAAUCGGCGUCGGAGAGCGAAGACAACGAGGAAGAGCCACAGCUAGAGGACGCGAAGCCGAUUGGCGAGGUCGUUAGGCUUUCAGGGAAGGGGAGGGGUCGCAGGCAACACUACGAGGCGUUUGAGUAUGACGGCAACCGAUACGACCUGGAGGAUGCGGUUCUUCUAAUUCCCGAGGAUAGAAAACAAAAGCCUUAUGUGGCAAUUAUUAAGGAUAUAAGUAAGACCAGAGAUGGGAGCAUGAUGGUAUUAGGACAGUGGUUUUAUCGACCUGAAGAGGCAGAGAAAAAAGCUGGUGGAAACUGGCAGUCACGUGACACAAGGGAGUUGUUCUAUAGUUUCCAUCGUGAUGAGGUUCCAGCAGAAUCUGUAAUGCAUAGAUGUGUGGUGCAUUUUGUUCCUUUAAAUAAGCAGCUACCAAGUCGUAAACAGCAUCCUGGCUUCAUUGUGCAAAAGGUGUAUGACACCCAAGGGAAAAAACUUUGGAAGCUGACAGAUAGGGAUUAUGAGGAAGAUAAGCAGCAUGAGAUUGACUUACUAGUUCAGAAAACUAUUGGAAGAUUGGGAGAUCUUCCUGAUAUAGAGACUGCAGAUACCACCUUUAAUCAGGAUGAGCAGUUCAAGACUAAAAGAAGUUUGAUAAAAAAGAACAUAUCACCCCUUGAUGUUUCUAGGGUGGAAGAAGCAAUAACUAAGCCUGGUCAAAAUCAAAAAGCUGAAACUCCUGGAAGCAGGACUAAUUCCUCAGAAUAUCAUUCCAUUUUAGUCAAGUUCAUGGCACUAACUGGAGACACACAUCGUGAUAGAUGGUUGGAGAAACUUCUUGAAAAUAUUAGGCAUGCAUGCAAUUCUGCUGACAUCACGAACGGAGAUGAAAAGAGGAAAUCUGGUUCUGAUGAUAUUGCCCAUGCAAGUGACUGUAAGUCCCCAGAAGUUGGAAAUGGAUCUCAUAAUCUCAAGAGUGGCAAGUCUUUUCACUGGCCAGAUGAUGCUGUUCGUGCAGUUACUUCUCUGGAAAAGGCCUCUCAUGAGUCUCUCUCCUCAGAUUCCACGAAGUAUAACCAAAAGUUGCGGCAACUGUGGUUCAAUAUCCAGAGAAAUUCAUUCCUAGCCCGCCGGCUGCUAAAUCAAGAGUUGGAACCUUUAACAAUAGUGAACAUGUCACCUGAUGAGCUAAAGGAGGGUUUAACGGCUGAGGAGAGAGCAAAGAAGGAGCCUGAUGACUGGGAGCGUAUGCAGAUGACGGAUGCUCGUUGCUCAAGAUGCUCUGAGUUCAGGGUGGGAGUUAGGGACAUCAUUCAAGCAGGACAUGGUGCUCGUUAUCAGCUGGAGUGUAUUGCCUGUGGCCAUUCGUGGUAUGCCGCUCGGGAUGCAGUUUCGAUGCUCACAAUUGAUGCACCUAGUUCUAACAAGAACGUGGGUACAGCUCCAUUAGCCACUGCCAAAUUUGAAGAUGUUGAGAAGAAGCUGGUGAGUCCUCGUGAAUCUGACAAGGCAGCAGCCAAGGACACUUUGAAAAAAACAACAGAAGCAUUUAUGCCAGUCUUGGAUGCGCAAAGAUCAUUUAGUAAGUCUAGAAAGGAAGAAAAUUCAGAAUCAACAAAGAAAGCUGAGUAGAAAUGUUGGGCAGCCUUCAUAGUUUUGUGUUUAGAAAGGUAGGUUUAUCAAUUUUCUAGGAAAUUCUGAGUAGUAGUAGACUUGUACAGAACUUAGUAUACCCAUGCAUAUGCUAAUCGAUGGUUUUCCCCGACUCGGCGACAGUUUUAACCAAGUUAAAUAUGUUUCUUCACAUAGGAUAUACCCCUCUGCCCUGAGGGUUUAGCGUAGAUAGUUUUAACAUGCUCAAGAGCUGAAAUUCUGUAUCUGCUGUAGACGCUCCAAAUUAGAAUAGACUGACCGGAUGUCAGAAUAUAGAUGAGAAUUGAUGUCACUAAGUUCCAGACAAGUAAUGGAGAUGGCCUUCUACCUGUUUUCUUUGUUCUGUU